AAUGGCAUAUCACAAAAAAUCUUUUACUUGGUCUCCUACAGUUUCCCAAGUGUUAACUAAGACUUGUCUCAUCGAUCUUAAACCUACUGUUGCACCAAAAUAAGGUCCUAUGUAUCUCAAAAUUGAUACUGAAAGAGAAUUAUAAUUCUCAAAUGAUUUAGGAUGGAAUUGGCAUAAAAGUUGGAAUAUACCAAAUCUAUCAAUUAAAUUACAUCUUUAAAAUGAAGAUACACCUUAAUGGAUGGAUUGUUAAGUAGCUUUCAAAUUUUAAAUUAGGCUUAAUUGAUGGCUGUAAAACUAAAACAAGAUGGACUCUAUGAAGAAGUAGGUUUGGAGGGUAUUACAUAACAAGAGUUAGUGGAUGGCAAAGCUUUUUUUUCAGUAUUUUCAUUAAUCGAUUUUUUAUUAAGGGUGUUAAAUUUAACAGUACAACUUACAACCAUUAAGGACAUAAGUUUCAAUUGAUUUUUUUGUUGAAAAGUUAAAAUUGUAUUAUAACUGCACUUGAAUCUCCUCCUGUAUUCGUAGAUAGUAGAAAAAGUGCAAGAGAUGAACAUAGAUAAACAUAAUUUAUUCAACCAUUCGAACCUAAAUAUUUAGAAAGGAAUUUUUGUAAGAAAGAGAAACAUUUUAAUGAUGUUAUUUAAGCACCCAUAGAAAAUAAUGAAAAUGGAUUACACAAUUAUCUAACUGCUCCUAAUAUACGUAAUAAAGUAUUAAUUUUAAUUUUAUUAAUUAUAGAUUAAACAUCCAUUAUUUUUGGCCUUGAAAUUUUCUAAAUGUAUGACAAUCUAUCAUUUAAAAACUAUGAUUACAGAUAAUCAUUUAAUAGAAUUUCAAAAACAAUUAAAAUAAAAAUAAGGAUAUUCUGAAUAUAUCAUUGCUUUUUAAUCAAAUAACAAUCGUAUUCGUAAAAAAGUAUUUAUAUAUUAUAUAUAUAAAGAUUGAAGAAUCUUUAAUAUAAUUAUUCAUUUAAAGUAGUGUAAAAGUUAUGGAGAAGAAAUAAGUUGAUGAAUCACUUUAUUAAAAAUUAGAAUAUGAUAGUAAAUCAUAUUAUGCAUCAUAUAAUAAAUUAGUAGAAAUGAUGAAUUCAACAAAUUAAGAAACUUAAAUGGAAAUUCAAAUUGAAGAAUAACAUCAAAAAUAUUCAUAAGCUUAACCCAAUCCAUAAUAACCAAGUGUAGAAAGAAAGUCAGCAUUCAAAAAAUUCAAUAAAGAUUUUGAUAAAAUGCCAACUAAAAACUUUUGUGAUUUUCAAAAUGAAGAUAAUAUUUAAAAGAAAGUAAAAGUGGAAGAAGAGGUGGACAACGGAAAUUCUAUGUUACCUGUUAAUGUAUGUAUUUAUGUUAAUUUAGAUUUAAAAUUUAUUAUUGCAAGAAUAAUUAAUAUAAUAUUAUUUAUUCUAAUAAUAAUAUAUGAUUAAUUUGCUAUCUUAAUAGAUCUGA